AUGAAAGUUUUCAUUAUUUUGGGAUUUUCAGCAGCUAUAGCCUUCACAGCUGUUUUCUUUUCUUUCCUUCAAAUAGGGAAAGACACCAUCUUUGAACAAAUUGAAGAUCACUGCAUUACUAAGGCUAUCCAGAAGGGUUCUAGUCUGGUGGGUUAUGCCGCACAUUAUGAAAUUAAAAGAAUGAUUCAAGGAAGUGGAAUAACAACCCCUACCUUGCUGCUGGAUUUCUCAAAGUUGCCUGAACAAGAGAGUCAAGAUAUUUCCCAAGCAGCUGAACGAAUGGAAAUGUCAAUUCAGGUGCUGAAACAAAAAGUUUGCCAGAAGCACAAACGUUCAUUGCAUUCAACUGAUCAUUUAUCAGCUGAUCUGCUCACUAUGAUUGCCAAUAUUUCUGGAUGUCUGCCUUAUAUGUUGCCACCAAAAUGUCCAAAUAAUUGCUUAGCUAAUAAAUAUCGACUCAUCACUGGUGCCUGCAAUAACAGGGAACAUCCUAGAUGGGGAGCAUCCAACACAGCUUUGGCUAGAUGGCUUCCAGCAGCCUAUGAAGAUGGCUUCAGCCAGCCUCGAGGAUGGGAUCCCAGCACCCAAUACAAUGGAUUCCAGCUACCCUCGGUUCGUGAAGUGACAAGAAAAAUUAUUCAUGCACCUAAUGAGGCUGUUACUGAAGACAACCUAUAUUCUGAUAUCAUUAUGGUAUGGGGACAAUACAUAGACCAUGACAUUUCAUUCACACCCCAGAGCACAAGUAGAACCACCUUCCUAAGUGGAAUGGAGUGCCAGAUGACUUGUGAAAAACAAAAUCCAUGUUUUCCAAUAAAGGUAACCAGCAAUGACACAUUAUCAGCAGGGAUGGAUUGCCUGCCCUUCUACCGCUCAUCUCCUGCAUGCGGCACUGGUGAUCAUGCUAUUCUCUUUGGAAAUGUAUCAGUGCUAAAUACAAGACAACAGAUCAAUGGCUUAACUUCUUUCCUUGAUGCCUCUACAGUCUAUGGCAGCACCCCUGCUGUUGAAAACAAACUGAGGAAUUUGACAAGCAAAGAAGGCCUUCUCAGAGUGAACUUAAAGUAUUACGAUAACGAUCGGGAAUACCUGCCUUUUACAGACCAGAUCCCAUCCCCUUGUGCACAAGACCCAGGUGCAAGUGGAGGUGAGAGGGUGGAAUGUUUUCUGGCAGGGGACAGCCGCUCCAGCGAGGUCACAUCCCUGGCUGCCAUGCACACGCUGUGGCUGAGGGAGCACAACCGUCUGGCCCGAGCCCUGGGACGCAUCAACGCCCAUUGGAGCGCCGAGACCCUCUACCAAGAGGCGCGCAAAAUCGUCGGCGCCCUGCAUCAGAUUAUUACUUUAAGAGAUUACAUUCCCAAAAUCAUUGGUCCAGAUGCUUUUAAUCUGUACAUUGGCCUUUAUACAGGUUAUGAUCCCACAAUGAAUCCUACGGUUUCUAAUGUAUUUUCAACAGCUGCUUUCCGUUUUGGUCAUGCAACAAUCCAACCAAUAGUAAGGCGAUUGAAUGCACAGUAUUUAGAUGAUCCUGAACUACCAAAUCUUCAUUUACAUGAAGUUUUCUUUAGUCCUUGGAGGCUUAUUAAAGAAGGCGGCUUGGAUCCUUUAAUAAGAGGUCUUCUAGCACAUCCAGCAAAACUGCAGGUACAAGAUCAACUGCUGAAUGAGGAGUUAACAGAAAAACUCUUCGUGUUGUCCAAUAAUGGUUCACUUGAUUUAUCGUCAUUGAAUUUACAACGUGGCCGUGAUCAUGGACUCCCAGGUUAUAAUGAAUGGCGAGAAUUCUGUGGUUUAGCAAAACUGGAAACUCACGCUGACCUGAAUACAGUAAUAACCAAUCACAAUGUCACUGAAAAAAUCAUGGAAUUGUACCAUAAUCCUGACAAUAUUGAUAUUUGGCUUGGUGGUCUCAUGGAAGACUUUUUACCAGGUGCUAGAACCGGUCCCCUGUUUGCGUGUAUAAUUGGAAAGCAAAUGAAAGCACUAAGGGAUGGUGACAGAUUUUGGUGGGAAAAUGAUAAUGUUUUCACGGAAGCUCAAAAGCAUGAACUCAGAAAACAUUCACUGUCCCGCGUGAUUUGUGACAACACAGGAAUUUCUGAAGUGCCAGCAGAUGCCUUUCAACUUGGAAAGUUUCCACAGGAUUUUAAGCAUUGUAACAAUAUACCUGGAAUGGAUUUAGAAGCUUGGCAAGAAUUUUACCAGGAAGAUGAACUAUGUAGAACACCAAAGAGUGUGGAAAAUGGUGAUUUUGUAUACUGUUCAGAAUCUGGAAAAUCUACAGUGACUUACACAUGUCACUAUGGAUUUCAGUUACAAGGAGAAGAACAAUUAACCUGCACAAGCAAAGGAUGGAACUUUGAGGUUCCAGUUUGUAUAGACAUCAAUGAAUGUGAAAAUGAAAUUAAUCCACCCUGUCCUCCUUCUGCUACAUGCAUUAACACUAAGGGAAGCUACAAAUGUCUCCACACUGAUCCCUACAAGCUAGCAGAAGAUGGAAGAACAUGCAUUGCCUGCAAAUGAAGUUGGUGUACCUCUCUUCAGAAGCCUAUCAGUCACAUGUUUAUACCCUUUGGAUACUGGAAUUCAAGAAAAAAUGACGAUCAGACCUCCCAGCCUGGAAGGUCAUUUAUAUUUUGGAUGGUGCUAUGUGGCAUUGGAAGCACACACAUCUGCUGAGCUGAUGGGUGCCUACCCACUCCCAAAACAGCAAACCAAUUUUGCUGGGAUACAGAAGGCAGCUGAAGAUGCAUGGCAUGCCCAUCACUGCAGAGGCAAAUUCCACCCUCCAGGAAAGUUUUCUUGC